AUGAAAUGCCUGCUCCCUCACGCCAUCUCUGACACAUCCACACAGAUAUACAUAUUUUCGAUAGUGGGAAAACUGGCGACACAGAUGGUGUCUGAGGGGAACUGGAGCCAGAUUAUUUACUAUUUUUUCAGUGGAAAAGAAUAUCCUGGGCCAGAAGAAUUUAAAGAGAGGGUACAGUUUAUUGGAGACAUCAACAAAAAGGAUGCCUCGAUACAGCUGAACCCGGCUCAGUUCAGCGACAAUGGGACCUUCUUCUGCGACGUGAAGAACCCCCCAGACAUAGCGGGAACUCCGGCUCGAACAGAACUCAGGGUUGUUCUGAGAGAGUCGCUCCCUCAGAGCAACACUAAGAUUAUAAUCUGGGCAGUCUGCAUUGCUGUGUUUCUGCUCAUCAUCAUCGCUGUCGCCGCUUGCUUCGCCAUAAGGGUGCUUCACAACCGGCACGAUUACGAAGGAUGUACGACCCUGGAAGGCGUGAGCUCAGAAGCUCCGCGGCCAGUAAAGAAGGUGGAGUCCAGGCGGGAGGGCUCCAGGUGUACCAGCCCCUCGGGUCCGCUGCAGGGCCCGGUGAUAUACGCCCAGUUGGAUCACUCAGGCAGUAAAAAUUCAUUCCAUAAGAUGGAGCCCGUGGUCUACGCUGACAUCCGCAAAAACUGAAGAUGGGGACCAAAAAGCAUAAAAAAAAGAACGAAAAAACAAAAAAAAACCUACAGUAUGAGACCUCUCUAUUAGCUGCUCUUGGGAAGGGUGGGAACGAUUUAACAGGGACAGAAUCGGUGCAGUUUCUCUCUUCUCCAUAUUUUGUCCUCUGACAGCAUGUUAUAUGAUACACUAAAGUCUUUAGAUGUUGACAUAAAAACGUAGAAAGCUCAGAAAAACUCCAGUUGGCAUCUUGACAGCAUCUU